AUGUGGGUUGUGGAAACGGGACCAGAGUGGAGCGAGGAGGAUGGUGAGGAAUUGUGUAAUCGUCCACCUCCUCCAGCAUCGCAGCCAACAAUGGAUGGGGAGGAGGAAGUGGUGCCUUUGGACAGUGGCAUGGGGAUGGGUGCCAGUGGGUGU